GGAUGGCACUGCAGAUCAUUCUGCUGGCACAGACAGUCCUCUGGGCUGCAGCACAGACUCCACCAUGCAGAAUACUGGGGAGGGAAGCCAAGCCCAGCUUCUAUCAACAUGGAGACAUCAACAUCGGUGGAGUCUUCUCCCUGCACAAUAUUCCUUUGGACACGACCAUCAAAUUUAAUGCCAAACCAGAACCGCUGAGAUGCUCUCGAGUGAACUUCAGAGAAUUCUGGGUGGCCCAGGCUAUGAUCUUCGCCAUUGAAGAAAUAAACAACAGAACAGAUGUCCUCCCAGGAGUAUCUCUUGGAUAUAAAAUAUAUGACACCUGUUUCUCUGCAGCAUUCUCAAUACAGUCAGCCUUGGCUUUGAUGAAUGGUUAUGACGAAACACUGACCGACACAUCCUGCUCCACACCGGCCAUGGUGCAGGCCAUCAUUGGAGAAUCAGGAUCUACAAACACUAUGGCAAUUGCUGCAACAGUAGGAUUAUUUCAAAUUCCAGUGAUCAGUCACUUUUCAACAUGUGCAUGCCUGAGCAAUAGGAAAACGUUCCCGACAUUCUUCAGAACCAUUCCCAGUGACUAUUACCAGAGCAGAGCACUGGCUCAGAUGGUGAAGCACUUUGGCUGGACCUGGAUAGGAGCAGUGAGAAGUGACAGCGACUACGGCAACAAUGGGAUGGCCACAUUUAUAGAAGCUGCUCAGCAGGAAGGGAUCUGCAUUGAGUAUUCUGAGAAGUUUUACAGGACACAACCAGAGAAAUUACUGAAAGUUGUAGAUGUUAUCAAAAGAGGUACUGCAAAGGUAAUUGUAGCAUUUCUUAGUGAGGGUGAAAUGAUCAAGUUGCUGGAGCAGCUGACACUUCAGAAUAUUACAGGUCUCCAAAUGAUUGGUUGUGAAAGCUGGAUGACAUCAAGCAGUUUAGUAACACCUACAACUUUCAGAAUACUGGGAGGGUCUAUUGGCUUUGCUGUUACCAAAGCCAAAAUAAAUGGCUUCAAAGAGUUUUUGUUGAAACUUCACCCAUCCCAAUACCCAGAUAAUACUGUUGUCAUAGACUUUUGGGAAAAUGUGUUUCAAUGUUCCCUCACAAAUGAAAACAAUCUACCUCACAUGAAUCCGUGCACGGGAUCUGAGAGCUUAACUGAAGUGAAAAACGAAUACACUGACAUAUCAGAGCUGAGAAGCUCCACCAAUGUUUACAAAGCAGUAUAUGCUGUUGCUCAUUCUUUACAUGGCUUAUUGGCAUGUACAGCCCAUCAAGACUGUACAAACAGUGUGAAAACAGAGCCCUGGCAGGUACUUAGGUCUCUGAAAAAAGUCAAUUUUACUUUGGGAACUGGAGAGAAAGUCUCUUUUGACAGUAAUGGAGAUCCAGCGGCAAGAUAUGAGGUGGUGAACUGGCAGCUUGGUCCUGAUGGUGCAGUACAGUUUAGAGUGGUUGGCAACUAUGAUGCCUCUUUACCAUCUGGGCAGCAGUUUGUGAUGAGACCUGUUAGUAUGGUUUGGGCUGGUGGGCAAAAAGAGAAACCCAGGUCAGCGUGCAGUGAGAGCUGUCCCCCAGGCACUCGGAAGGCUGUGCAGAGAGGAAGGCCUGUCUGCUGCUAUGACUGUGUGCCCUGCGCUGAGGGAGAAAUCAGCAAUACCACAGAUUCGAACAACUGUAUUCAGUGUAAGGAAGAGCACUGGUCCAAUGCUAAAAGAGAUCAAUGUGUUUCAAAGGCUGUCGAAUUUCUGUCAUUUCAUGAAAUUAUGGGAAUCGUGCUUGUUAUUUUUUCUAUAUUUGGAGCAUGUGUUACUGCAUUUGUGGCUGUGUGGUUCUUUAUAAAGAAGGACACACCCAUUGUGAAAGCCAACAACUCAGAGUUGAGCUUCCUGCUGCUCUUUUCAUUGAAACUGUGUUUCCUUUGCUCUCUUACCUUCAUCGGCCGGCCCUCUGAGUGGUCCUGUAUGCUGCGCCACACUGCGUUUGGGAUCACCUUUGUCCUCUGCAUCUCUUGUGUUCUGGGAAAAACAAUAGUGGUGUUAAUGGCUUUCAGGGCUACGCUUCCAGGCAGUAAUGUGAUGAAGUGGUUUGGGCCUCCCCAGCAGAGACUGAGUGUUCUUGCUUUCACUCUCAUACAGGUCCUUAUUUGUGUGCUUUGGUUAACAAUAUCCCCUCCUUUCCCCAACAAGAACAUGAAGCACUACAAAGAAAAGAUCAUUCUAGAAUGUGAUGUCGGAUCAGCAGUGGGGUUCUGGGCUGUACUGGGUUAUAUCGGACUCCUCUCUAUAUUGUGCUUUGUUUUAGCUUUUCUGGCUCGUAAGCUGCCUGACAACUUCAAUGAAGCCAAGUACAUCACAUUCAGCAUGCUCAUAUUCUGUGCAGUCUGGAUCACCUUUAUCCCAGCUUAUGUCAGCUCACCUGGAAAGUUCACUGUAGCUGUGGAGAUUUUUGCAAUUUUAGCAUCUAGUUUUGGCUUGCUAUUCUGUAUCUUUCUACCAAAAUGUUAUAUAAUAUUAUUCAGACCAGAGCAAAAUACAAGGAAACAUAUAAUGGGUAAAACAGACAUGAAAUCUCACUGAUUGCCUACGCCAUUUUAUAAAUUUUACCAGAAUUCUUUUUUUACGAUAUUGGACCACAGAGCCAUAGUAUGUGAAAAAAGAAUGUAUUAUGUUUUACCGUAAAAAAAAGGUUCACUAUAUAUCCAUGAAAGAAAUGACGAUCACUUGAUGGCAACCCUCAAGAACUUCACCAAGCACUUUGUGGUUUAUGGCUGACUCAUUUUGAAGAACCACCAGGGACUACAAAACUGCAUCAUUCUAUUGUGGUCAUAGAAAAAAAAAAUGUGUCAUUGCAUUAAAAAAAGUUAUUUUACUGAAUAGUGAUACAAUUAAAAUAUGUUUUAACUGUAUCAGUGUUAAUUUCUCAACAGGAUUCAUAAACCUGGUAAAAAUAUGCCAUAAAUCUAAGAGAAAUUGAUUGUAAUAUGUGAACAGGGCCGGGUAUCUCCAGUGUUGGUUUUUAUUCACCAAUAUGCAACAAAUAUGACAACCUGACAAUGUUGUAUGUUCCAUGUGUGCAAGUGGCUAUGAUUUACGCACAUCUGGGGUGGCAGUGUAGCCCAAUCAUGUGCCAGUGAUUGAUGAAAGCAUGCAGAUUUUCAUUCCAACCAGUCACUACCCCUGCUAAUUUCACUAAUUACCAUACCUUCAACCAGAGAAGAGGGAACUAAUUUGUGAAAUCAGCCAGUAAAGUGAUUGGUUGGAAUGUAAACCUGCAUACUCCCAGCCCUCCAUGGCACAAAUAGCACCACUGCUCUAAACAGAGCACUGUUGACAACCCCUAACUCUUUAUACCAGUAACUGUAUCAGGAGCUCGACAGAACUCCUAAAGGGAAAUGGGAAAGUAAAAACAAAAAUACUGAGAUCUCGCAAAAAGAUUUUUCUUGAAAAAUAUUGAACCUGCUCUGAUGAGCCCAUCAUGAAUAUAUAUGCACAGAUUGUCAGGUCAGCAUUUGAUUCCACAAAUACAUCUCAGUUAAUCCUACUGCUACCCAUCCUAUUGAUCCCACCCACAGUUCCUGGCUAGGAGGGUUGAUGGCUGUCUCCUGUAACAAUGGAACAGACUGAAGUUAGGAAGCAAGUUUUAACUAGUGAUUAAUAAAUGAUUUAUUUUGAUCCAGAACCCAAACAUUUGCUUAAUUUUUUAUUCAUUAUUCAGCUUGGUGAUUGUGACAUUAGCCGCUUAGUAGGCAAACUAGGUAAUGUUUGCUAGUUAAGAAUACCUCUGAUAAAAACCUAUUGCUUGCUACCUAACAAACUAGCAGGGAUAAUUCUGCUAGACAUCCCACCUGCAGUGGCUAGCAGGGUUAAUGAACUGUCUUCAUGGC